AUGAGUGACGAGAGACGCAGCGACAAGCGCAUCUUCUCCGCCGUUCCCAGGAUCAAUGACAGCAACAAAGCGCCGUCUGCUGACUCAGGAUCUUUGACGGACCGUCGCUCGAAGCUGCAGCUCAAGUGCGUGGACGACACGAUGGUCGACGUGACGUACGAGCAGGCGAUGAUGUCCUCGACGCUGUGGGCGCUGAUGCAAGAUGUGAUGGAGAAAAAGCAAAAGAGCAGCGUGAAAACGCACGUUGUCCCAGUUUUCGAUGUGCCGACGGAAAGCGUGCAGCGUGCACUGGAGUACUGCAAUUGUCUGUAUAGUCAGCAAGUGGAUCGUGUUGAAACGGCGAUGAUGGAAUGGGAAGACGAGUUUGUUCGACUGGAGUCAAAAGAGUUGUGUGACUUAGCAAAGAUCGCCUCGAACUUGGAUAUUCAGCCACUGGUGGAUCUCACAUGUCGGUCGAUCGCGCAGAUCAUGUCGGCGACGUCUGAAGCUGACGAGCUGCGGAAAAAGUUUGGGCUGGAAGAUCCGCCAGAUGUCGACUGCAGCUGUGACCUGCGUAGUGACAUGGCAGGGUUUGAUUUUGAUAUGUUCGACUCGCUCGAUCAUGACCUCUCUACCGAAGAAUAUGAGCUGGUGGAGUUUGACCAGCCGAGCGUCGAUGAGUUGGUAAGCUUUAUAAAUGGCAGCGAUAGUCACCCGAAGACGACACCGAUUGCGGUUCAGCAACGUCAAGCAGUAGGAGUGGCAAGUAAGAAUUGUCAUCUUCACGGGGAGAAUUCUUCAGACCGUGGCGACUCGAAUAGCGGCAGCACCACGUUCAGCAAGAAGAAGCGCAAGAAACGAAAAAAGAAAAAAUCGCCCCCCGCUUCACUCCAUUCCGACACGAAAGCAGAGUUUGCGAUUGAGUCUGGCGCGCAAGAGUCAGACACACACUUUCAGGAGUCAUGUAGCAGCGACGAUGAGACUGAACAACCUGGUCUCACGCUGGUACGCCGGGUAAGUUUACGGGACGAAAACAGUUUCAACUCGCAAACGUUAGAAGAAAAAGUUCGGCUCGCACGACAAGAUCCAAGUGCAGUGUUUAAGGAAUCACAAUUUGAAGACGACGAUGAUGAAGACAUGGCGAAGGUGAUCAAGAUGUUUGAGAUAAAUCUGGAGUCUGCGUAUCACGACUGCGGUAACGAGAAGAAGCCGCGUCUAAACUUUGCACCACGGGAGGUGUUUUUUCGGUCCUCCAUUGAGCGCUCCUCACAAGUGGAGUAUGUGCAGCGCCGCCUAUCCGCUGCGCUGACGUAG